GAAAUAUUCAUUUGGUACUACAGCUUGGAGGCACUUAAAAUCCUAAAAUUCCUUGAAAAGAUAGGAAACGGUUGAUAAAGUCGUUGAAACCUUUUAGAUCGCAGUGUAUCUAGCACCUCAUAAAACAUAACAAAAUCAAUUACUAUCACUCCUAUCUGAUUAUAUAUAAUUUUUAAUUAAAACAAAAAUACUAAAUAUUAUUGGGAUUACCGCAUAUAAAUAACCAAGGAAGUGUAUCGGCACCCCUUAACAACAUAAAAUCUAUACUAUCACUCCUAUCAGAUUCGAUAUAAUUUUUUAAUAAAACAAAAUCAAUAAUAAAAAAUUAUUAUUGGGAUGUUCGCAUAUCAAAAAUAACCAAGGUUAAGUUAUCAUUACGUUUGAUUUAGAUUGUUAAGAUAUUUCGCGUUACCAGCGGUGAAACGAACUCAUUCAGUUCAAAUUUUGUUUCAUGUGUGCAGGUUGUAGGUAGUUGAUGUAGUUGUUUUCUGGUCUCUAAAAAUAAAACAAAAUGUGGACAAGAUGUGUGACCACCGUAGCUCAAAAUGCCAUAAAAACAGGAUCAUCACGAGCCGCCUCUUCAAUUGUAUCAGGAGAACCAAAAGAACCUAAAAUAGUAACGUCGGAAAUACCAGGUCCAAAAUCCAAAAAACUAAUAGCAGAAUUAGACUCUGUCACGCAAAGCUCAUCAGUUCAAUUUUUCGCCGAUUACGAAAAAUCUCUUGGAAACUACAUCACAGAUGUUGACGGAAAUGUAUUCUUGGAUAUUUUCAUGCAAAUUUCUUCAAUGCCUAUUGGAUACAACCAUCCAGCAAUGUUAAACGUGUUCAAAGAUGAAAAAAGACUGAAAGCUCUUGUUAACAGACCAGCAUUAGGAUCCUUUCCAGGGGAAUAUUGGCCCAAAAAACUCAAAGACGUACUCUUGUCCGUAUCGCCAGGCCUUCCCAACGUCAUGACAAUGAUGUGUGGGUCUUGCUCAAAUGAAAACGCUUUCAAAUGCUUAUUCAUGACCUACAUGAAACACCAAAGAGGCGAAAACGUCGAUUUCUCAGAAUUAGAAAAAUCUUCCUGUAUGGUGAAUCAGCCGCCAGGAGCACCUGAUUUAACCCUUCUAUCUUUCCAUGGCGGAUUUCAUGGGAGGACCAUGGGUACGCUAUCAACGACACAUUCCAAAGCUAUACAUAAAUUGGACGUACCUGCAUUUGACUGGCCUACUGCUUCAUUUCCCAAGUAUAAAUAUCCGCUAGAAGAACAUUUUAAAGAGAAUAAAGCUGAAGAUGAUAAGUGCUUGGCUCAAGUCGAGGAAUUAAUAGAAGAGUACAAUAAAAAAGGACGUCCAGUUGCUGGUAUAGUCGUAGAACCAAUUCAAUCAGAGGGAGGCGAUAAUGAAGCCUCACCUGAAUUCUUCCAAAAACUCCAGAGGAUAGCCAAGAAGUAUGGUGCUGGUUUGCUGAUAGAUGAAGUACAAACGGGCGGAGGCCCUACGGGCAAGAUGUGGUGCCAUGAACAUUUUGACUUAGAAACCCCACCAGAUAUUGUAACUUUCAGCAAGAAGAUGAUUACUGGGGGAUUUUACCACAAUAUCGACCAGAAACCGGCUCAACCCUACAGAAUUUAUAACACAUGGCUGGGAGAUCCAGGCAAGCUAUUUCUAUUAGAAGCAUUUUUAGACGUAUUGAAGCAACAGAAUCUCUUAGAUCAAGUGAACUCGGUUGGAGCGAAACUGAAGUCUGGUUUACACGAUUACGAAAAAGAAUAUCCGUCGCUAUUGAAUUCAGUUAGAGGAAGAGGGACGUUUUUGGCUGUAAACGCUUCAACAACUGCGCUUAGGGACAAACUUGUUGGAAAUCUAAAGAAGAAAGGUAUUCUUUCUGGAGGAUCUGGUGAUAAUGCUAUCAGAUUUAGACCGUCCCUGACUCUACAACAAAAUCAUGUUGAAAUUUUCUUAGACCGUUUUGGGCAAGUUCUAAAAGAAGUAAAAUGAUUUCACUAUACAUUCUGUCUUUGUAUACAAACAAUAUAAUUUUCUAAAUGCUAUGCAAUUAAGCAUAACGAUUAAUUAUAGGAAAAAUAAUAUAACCCAGUGAUAAAAAAUGUCGGUUUUAUAAAGUAGGGUUAAAAAAAUGUGUAAAUUAAUUUAUAGAUAUAAGCAUAAAUUAUUAGGAAUAUUAUAUUCAGUAUUGCCAUAUCAUUUUAUAAAGAGUUCCUUUUUUGUUUAAUAAAAUGUUAAUAAAAACAGUUA